AUGGAGUGCGGACCAAGGAUAGAGGAUGGUUCAAUUCGUGUCGAUGGCACCGAAUUAAACAAGGUGAACUGUUUCAAGUACCUUGGAUCCAAAGUGACUUCCACAGGCGACAUUGAUCAAGAAGGUCGAGCACGUGUUAAUGCUGCAUGGAUGAAGUGGAAAAUGGCAACAGGGGUACUGUGCGACAAGAAAGUCCCUGUUCGACUGAAGUCGAAGAUCUACAGGACGGUUGUGCGUCCUGUUGCCCUUUACGGAUGCGAGUGCUGGCCGACGACGAAAGCCUUGGAAAGAGUGCUGCACGCUAUGGAGAUGCGGAUGUUAAGGUGGACAAUAGGUGUAACGCUAAAAGAGAAAGUAUCCAACGACACUGUGCGCUCCAUCUUCGGCGUCGUCCCGAUAACUGAGAAGAUGAAGGAGGCCCGACUGAGAUGGUUCGGUCACGUCUUGCGGCGAGAGGAAGAUUCUGUGGCCAAAACCGCACUGAAGCUCGACGUUUCAGGAGUGAGGCCGCGUGGGAGGCCAAAGAUUCGCUGCUUUGAAACUAUUCGUGGACGUUAUCGGAACCCUUUCGAGGAAUAUAUUGACAAACAGUUUACCGAGAAGCAAACUCCACUUUCUCUUGCUCACUUCGAAUUUCUCAUUCAAAGUUGCUGUGCUUGCCUUAUCGUAGCAGCAUUUUUCUUUUUUGCAGAAGUGUUCUACUUUCAUUUUGGUCAGCAACUGGAAAAUUAUUGUCGUAUUCUUCGCCAAAAGUUCCUCCGGUGUAAGAUGCCAGGAUGUGCCUUUUUCAAAUACAAAACGUUACUGACAACUGUUUUGUGCGUUUCAUUCCUAGCACACUACACGAAGGCGGCGUUAACAGAGAUGAGCGGAUUUCACUGUAAACAGUUGAGUUCAAUGAGAUUAGAUCGUCAACUACACGGUAAACCUCAUAUAACAACACCUCCGUUCGAGUUCUCAGUUGUCGACGAUAAAGGUACGCCAAUCGAAUACUACACACCGGGAGAAAUUUACAAAGUUCGCCUCGUCGGCUACAUUCAUUUCCGAGGUUUUAUGUUACAGACGAGACUUUGCACACCGGAAGGAUACACAAUAGGUGUUCGCUAUCAAAACUGUGAUGAUUCACAAUCCAACGAUGCGUUAACGCAUUCGGAUGGCAACAAAAAAUUUCUCGUUGAAGUUCAAUGGGUGGCGGAACGUGAUGUUGGAGCUGUACAAUUUAUGUUAACAAUAGCUGCUGAAGAUGAAUUAUAUUGGGAACGAUGGAGACCUCGAAAUGGUUUUAUUCGUCCGAAAACAGAGAAGGAAGGUCGAGUCAUGGAGUCGUUGUUUGAGAUAGAAGUUCAACCAGGCAAAGAAGGUUAG